AUGUGGUCGACAUUAUUUUCUAAUUCUCGCACACGUGGAAUAAGUCUCAACAUGGUUACACAGCAUAAGUACUCGGUGCUCUUACCAACAUACAAUGAGCGUGAAAAUCUACCAUUAAUUGUGUGGUUGUUAGACAAGACGUUCGUUGAUAACAAACUCGAGUACGAGAUCGUGAUUGUAGAAGACAAUAGUCCAGAUGGCACGUUGCAAGUAGCACGUGAAUUGCAGCACAUUUAUGGUAAAGAAAAGAUUGUCGUUUUGGCACGCAAGGGCAAAUUAGGUCUUGGAUCUGCUUAUCGUGAUGGACUUAAGAAGGCAACAGGCGACUUUGUGUUUCUCAUGGACGCAGAUCUUUCACAUCAUCCAAAAUUCAUUCCAGAAUUCAUCAAAAAGCAAGCUGAAGAAAAGUGUGAUAUUGUGACUGGUACACGCUACAUCUCUGGUGGUGGUGUUUACGGUUGGGAUUUACGUCGUAAAGUAACAAGUCGUGUAGCCAAUUAUUUGGCAACAGUGCUACUUAAUCCAUCAGUGUCAGAUCUUACCGGCUACGUCUUUCAAAUGGAGAUUCUUGUCCGUGCUCGUGAACGUCAGUAUUCAAUCACAGAGAUACCCAUUACUUUUGUUGAUCGCAUUUACGCCCUACGACAUUUCUUGAAAAUAUGUCAAUACCCAAAUAUUAGUUUCUUGUCGUACAGACACUAA